UCUUCAUUUGAGCUUGCACGGUUAUAUUUCAUAUACCUAUGGCAUCCACUCGUUUCUUCUUCUCUUCAUCUAUCCUUCUUCUGUCAUUUCUAGUCAUUGCCUCUGCUGCUGAUUAUAGCUCAACACCUACACCAGAAAGUGUCAAACCUGAAGAUGGGUCCAAAUACAAUCCUAAACCAGAACCUGUCAAUGUAAGACCUGAUGAUCACUAUAGCCCUGCACAUAAAUGCAAGACUGCCAAACCUGAAGAUGGCCACAGCCCUAAACCAAAACCAGACAAUGUAAAACCUGAUAAUGACUAUAGUCCAAAACCUAAACCUGAAGAAGACAACGUCAACCCUGAUCACUACGGGUAUAGCCCAAAACCUCAGGCCGAGACUGAGAAACUUGAAGAUGUGUACAGCCCAAAACCUAAACCUGAAGAAGACAAUGUGAAGAUUGAUCACUCUGUUUACGGCCCAAAACCUGAAUCUGAAUCUGAGACUUGGAAACCUGUAGAUGGGUAUACCCCGAAAUCCAAGCAAGACAAUGUCGAACUUGAAGGAUAUGGUACUAAAUCAAAACAAGAUAAUUUGAAACCUGAGGAUCGCGAGUACAGCUCAAAACCAAACGUUGAACAACCAAAGGUAACCGCUCCCAAACCAGAGACUGUCAAGCCAGAUUAUGGCCUUCUCCCAAAACCAGACACCGCCAAACCAGGUUAUGGAUAUGGCCGCAGACUGGAAAAUCCACUUGCAAUUGCUAUUGAAGGGCUUGUUCUGUGCAAAUCGGGUUCGAGCUAUGUCCCUGUUGAAGGUGCGGUGGCACGGAUAACCUGUGCAGCUUUGGACAAGAAUGGGAACAGGACACCACCAAUUUCGUGCUUGACUGGUGCAAGUGAUGCAAAGGGCUACUUCUUUAAAUUACUUUCUGUUUUAGGGCUCAAUGAUGAUAAUAUAAAGCUCACAGACUGUAAAGUUCAACUCGAAAAAUCCCCAUUGAAAACCUGCAAUGUCGCUACAGAUGUCAACAAGGGGAUUACUGGAGCUCUUAUUUCUUCUUACCGCAUUCUCCAUGACAAGAAGAUCAAGUUAUACUCUGUUGGGCCCUUCUUCUACACCCCAGGCCCAGAGCCCAAAUCGUCGACAACUCCUACUGGUUACUAAUAAUUCAAUUUAAUUACAUGGCUAAUUAAUUAAGCAUCAUUGUUUUUUUUUUUUUUUUUUU